AUGAUGAUGAAACCUCGACCUCUUAUGUCUGGACCUUUGUUUGAUAAUCCAGCAAAAAAUAAUGGUAAUUACUCUCAAGCUGGUUCCGGCGGAAUGAUGAAUCGAAUGCCGUUUCAAUCUCCUCGGCCAGCAAAUUUAAUGGAAAUGACACAUCAACAUACCACAUUUGAUCUUCAUCAAUAUCAGAAUGAGGUACCAUUUCCGUACAUGAAUGAAUCGCCUGAUGAUUUAACGGAUGCUCUUAUUCAACGAAAUAAAGAAUUGAUUCCGCCAAUCGAAGAAAAUUCAGCAAUAUUAAAUUUUGUAACCAAAGUGCAGUCUGUUUUAGAUACGCUUGUCUUAUCAGCUGCAAGUUUCACUGCUUGUGUAUUGGAAGAAACGCGUCAAGUUGGAUCAUUCAAAGCUGGAACAUUACUCGUUGGUCAUAAAGAAGCCGAUAUUGUUGUUAUUUUGAAAACAUUACCUACGAAAGAAGCUAUCGGUCAGCUUGGUAACAAAUUGAAUGAUGAUGUUACAAAAAUAUGUACUCCAAAUGAGGCAAGUAGUUCCACUUACUUAAUCACCAUGUUAGUUACAACUUAUGGUAUUGAAAUGUGUAUGAAUGAUAUAAAAGUAAAAUUAUUAGUUACAACAUCGACAAAAAAUAUCAAUUCAUUGGUGCCAAAUGUACAUCUUGAUAAAAAUAUUUGUUUGCAGCAUUUGGCAGCUAUUCGACACGCAAAAUGGCUUGAAGAGAACGCAUCUCAUCCAAGUAUCAAAGUUCUGAUCCGUUUAAUUAAAGAUUUACGAAGACGUUUUGAAGCGUUUCAACCAUUAACGGCAUGGAUGAUCAGUUUAUUGGCUCAUCAUUGUGUUAUGAACAAUCCAACACAUGAACCACUGCCAAUCAAUACUGCAUUUCGACGUUCUAUUCAAUUAUUAUCUGCUGGUAUAUUUUUACCAAAUUCAUCUGGACUUGUGGAUCCAUGUAAUACAGAUCGCAAUAGCCGUUUACACGAUCCAGUAGCACAAGAUGAACUGUGUUUAACUAGUCAAUUAUUGUUAAGAAUAAUGGCACAUAAAGGCUAUAAUUACAUAUUAGGCGUCGAUAUUCAUCCGAACUUAUUGAAUGAAAUAAGUAUCUGGCAGAAAGAUAGUAAUCUGAAUGCAUCAGUAAGACCAGGUGAAAAAGUUUAUCUGAAAACAAGUGAUAGUACGAAUGAAACAGAAUUGAUUCAUGAUUAA